AUGCAGAUGACGGGCGGGGCGGCGAGUGGCGGGGGCGGCAAGGGCGGCGGCAAGGGCGGCGGCGGCGGCCCCGCGACGCUGUGCGGCGGCACUGUUGCCUGCUUCGACGCCGACGCCGACCACGUCUUGCUCUACACGCUCGGCAAGACGGCCUCCACGUCGCUCGAGUUUGCGCUCGGGCCGUGGGUCGGGAUGCGGAGGCUCCCGUGGAUCACGACGCAGGCCACUGCCUUCCCGCGCGGCGCCAAGAUCCACCGGCCGCAGGUCGCCAAGGCCUUCGUGAGCCAGCUGCCGCCGACGGGAAAGGUGUGGCUCUUUGUCACAGUACGCAACCCAUUUGACCGCGCCAUCUCGCAAUUCUUCGAGGGCUACGCCAAGUUCAUGAACGUGACCAACUCGUCCGGGCCUGCCAAGCAGCACGACCACCUCUCCCGCUUCUCCCGCCUGGCACCCUUCCUCGCCGAAGGUAUCGUCGACACGAUCCCCAGCGUCAUCGGCGCCAACGUCACCAUCCCCCCGCUCUCACCCGUGACCAAGGAUGCGUGGCUCGUGCACGGCCGUGUCCGAGUGCUGAUCCUGCGGAGCGAGGACGCAAAGCUGUGGCCUAGCAUCGUGUAUCGCCGCACAGGCCGUUCGCUCGGCGAACUCGGCAAGUACAAUAUCGGGAUGAACAAGUGGUACGCGACGCUCUACCACAACUUCAAGGGGCGCUACACCUUCAAGACGAGGGUUCUCUCGAGCACGGAGCUCACGCGGCUCUACUCGGAGGAAGAGCGGAGCUGCAUGGCUCUGCGCGCGCUGAUGCCGCGCGCUGGCGCCGGUCUCGUGUCGUGCCAUGACGAGAGCCCCGAGUGCGACGAGACUGGGGUCCCGUCGCGAGGGUACGAGGAGUAUUGGUUCCCGUCGAGGGGGAGCCGCAGCCCGCAGAGCCGUGGCUCCACCCCUCCGAGUGGCUCGCUCGCUCCCCCGAGUCGGCGCUUCGCCCCCUCCUUGGGAGCGAUGGGCGUGAGCAGCCUUUUCACAGCGCGUGUCGCGAGUAGGCUCGUGCCCGUGCGGGACCGCAAGGUGUGA